AGUUAUGAUGUACGUCAAUGGAUCGUGCUUGCAGACCCCUCUCCACAACCACUGCAAACAUGUCUCAACAAACCUCAACCUCUGCUCGCGCCAUCAUUCACAAACCUCCCCACAAACCAGAUGUAGAAUCACCGUCUGUGAUUCUUUAUGGAGGCAUGCCAACCGAUCCCGAAAAGGAUUGGCGAGCGGAUCUCUCAGCCUCACUUUCAGACCUCCCUAUCGCUAUUCUAGACCCCACUUGCGAUGCUUGGGAUAGCACGUGGAUCGAAGACAUAUCUUUCCAGCCCUUUAAAGACCAAGUCAAGUGGGAGAUGGACCAUGCAGGCAUCGCCGAUGUGAUAGUCUUUCACUUCGGAGGGAAGACCGAUCAGCCUAUUACGCUGCUUGAGUUGGGACUCUAUGCGCAUACGGGGAAAGCAGUGGUAUGUUGUCAAGAGGAAUUUUCAAAAAAGGGCAACGUGCAAAUCGUCUGUGAGAAAUAUGAAAUCGCCAUGUGCGACACGGUAGAAGAGUUGAAAAGAGAAGUUGGGGAAAGGCUGGUGGCCAAGCUUCCAAGGAAGUAAUUGUCGGGCAAGCUCAAGUUAUGUACCACGGUGUAGAGCUCCGAGGUUUCUACUCUAGAUUUGGAAGUAUGACAAUCAGGCCCCCUCCGGGCACAAGGCUGAAUGUUUUGGACCCCUCUUUUUCCAAUUGUUCCGCUGCCAAGCAACGCCACAA